AUAGAUAAACAUUGGCCGGUGGCCUCGUCACAAAUCCAAACUAUCACCGAAAAACUCAAAAAAAAGCCAAAAGCCUUUCUUCUUCCGUUUCCCAACACAAAAAUACUCAGAGAGCAAUCCACAAGAUUCGAUUCAAAAUUUUCCGUUAUUUUUUCCUUCUCAAAACAGUUUCGGUUUUCGAGUUUGUUGAAUCGGAGAGGAGACACCUGAUAUUCCCCCUUCACUUUAGGGUUUUGGGUUUCUAUUUGAUGAUGUGCGAGGAGAUUCUUCCUCUGUUCGUGUCUUUGUCAGAUGGAAGACCAUGAUAAGUCUCCUCCUCCCAAGGAUUACUAUAAGAUUCUAGAAGUUGAUUACGACGCAACUGAGGAAUUGAUCAGACUGAAUUAUCGGAAGCUCGCAUUGAAGUGGCAUCCUGAUAAGCACAAAGGGGAUAGUUCAGCUACAGAAAGAUUUCAAGAGAUAAAUGAGGCAUAUAACGUGCUGAUGGACCCUGCUACACGUUUUGAGUAUGAUUUAACCGGAAUUUAUGAGAUCCACAAGUAUACUUUAAGGGAAUAUCUCGCCAGAUUUAAGGGAAUGAUUCUCACUUGCAAUGGACUCGGCAUCAGCCAAUCCUCAUCACCAUGGACACAUCAAUUGUCUGAGACCACCAACAAAUCAACAGACUAGCAAGAAUGCUGUAUGAACUGAAAGCAGAAGGUAGAGCAGAGCUGUAAAACUAUGUGAAGAUUCUCACACACUUUCCCGUCUCAUUGCCUUUUAACAAGGUGUGUUUGUGCUGUACAAAACUGGAGCCGUAGCGCGAAGCAUUAAUGUUAUAUUCAAAUGCUUUAAUUAGAUGUUGUAUUGUUUCUGUAUCGAUGUAAAAUCAAAGAAGCGUAUAUGGUCUCUGGUCUCUAUUCAUACAUUCACACAUUGGUGAUGAUUCAGAU